AUGGAUGUUGGCAUUUCCCUGUCCAACGGGUACAGCCUGGAGUAUAAAAUCCUGAUUGCAAGGUGUUACCUCUUCGGCAAGUGCUGCGAGACAGGAGACUGCAGGGUGGUCAACAAUAUCACAGGGCUGGAGGCAGACCUCAAUGGGCAGCUCCACGGGCAGCACUUGGCUAAAGAAGUUGUCAUCCGAGCGGUGCAAGAGUUCCUGCAGAGCCCGCGGCCAGAGAAGGCUCUGGUCCUCUCCUUCCAUGGCUGGUCCGGCACAGGCAAGAACUUUGUGGCCCGGAUGCUGGCAAGUCACCUGUACCGGGACGGACCGAAGAGCGAGUGUGUCAGGGUGUUCAUCUCGCUCUUCCACUUCCCCCAUCACAAGUACGUGGACUCGUACAAGGAUCAGCUGAAGAAGCAGCUAACCGAGACUGUGCAGCUCUGCAAGCAGUCCCUCUUCAUCUUCGAUGAGGCAGAGAAACUUCACUUCAGCCUCCUGGAUGCCAUCAAGCCUUUCAUGGCUCGCUAUGACAACAGGGACCAGGUGGAUUACCGGAGAUCCAUCUUCCUCUUCCUCAGCAAUCUUGGUGGCAACACCAUCAAUGAGGUGACGCUGGAUUUCUGGCGAGCCGGCCGGGCGCGGGAGGAGAUCUCCGUGGAGUUCCUGGAGCAGCGGCUGUGGCGGGAGCUGCAGGAACCUGCAGAGAACGGUUAUGCCCGCAGCCACCUCCUGGAAGAGAACCUCAUCGAUUUCUUCGUGCCGUUCCUGCCCCUGGAGUACCACCACGUGAAGCUCUGCGCGCGGGAUGCUUUCCUGGCCCGUGGACUUCCGUACACCGAGGCAGCCCUCGACGAGGUGGCCAGGACGAUGGUAUUUGUCCCCAGAGAGGAGAAGCUUUUCUCUGCACAGGGCUGUAAAUCUGUAUCCCAGCGCAUCAAUUACUUCCUUCCUUGA